CGAUAGGUUGUGCCAUUUCUAGCCCCCACACCGUUGGAGGCUCUGCAACGUUUCCCCUCCUUACCUUCCGAAUACGCUCAAUAGCCCAAUUUUAUCUAGGUAGUACAAAAUCUAAGUCAAAAUGUCGGAGUACGUGCAGAAGUAGGUGAGCAGGAGGCAGGGCAACUCCUUUACCAGAAGGCUUCCACCCUGUACACUACAUAUUCUUGAUGCCGUGUCACCCCGCAAGUGGUGUUAUAUUGCGGUUGGUGAUAGAUCAAGGAGCUGUCAAAAUCAUUUUUUAUAAUUUAGUUCGCCAGAAGUGAAGACGCAACUAGGUCUGCAAUGCCACUGCCAUCGCUGGCACAAGGUCCAGUGCAUGAGGUGUAACAAGACGGAUUGAAUUGGUAUCUAGUAUUGAUCGCCAGCCUUGUUGAUGUAAUGUGGCAAUGUCCAAAGAUGAGAUCGGCUCAGUGUAUGUGAGAACUACAACCACCGGGUGUUAUAUUUAUCUUUUUUUUUUUUUCAUGAGGGCCUGUGAAACCUUCGUGAAUAAGCUAGUAUUAUAUACAUCUGCAUGGCAUUCAGCUACAAGAUUCUCGCAUAACAACAUCGCCCCCGUGUUGGCCUCUCAUCCCAAGGUAUCUCAUUAUCAUCUCAGAAGAGGUGAUCGGCCAACAGUCCACUAUGGACCCAAAAGCUGCAGCUGCCGCUGCCGCGCUGAAGCAGUUCGUAACCGAAGACUUCACCUUGUUUGCCAUCGGCGUCUCCUUUACCGCAUUGAGGACAUAUGCUAGAAUACUCCAGGUUGGAGUUAGAGGAUUUCAAGUUGAUGAUUAUUUCAUUUGGAUUGCAAUGCUCUUCUAUGCCGCGGAGACUGCCCUCGCAUAUUCAGUUGGCCACUAUGCCCAAGGGCUGGCGAAUAACGGCAUGACGGACGAACAACGGCAGAACCUUGAUCCGAGAAGCCAUGAAUACAUGCUGAGAGUCAUUGGUUGCAAGAUACAGCUGGCCGGGUGGUCAACCUAUUCAGCUCUCCUAUGGUCCCUGAAAGUGUCACUGCUAGUAUUCUACAUUCGUCUUACGCGUGGUCUGAACCGAAAUUAUUCUCUGCGGAUAUACAUCGGAUUUGUUCUCCUCUUCUGUAGCUGGCUUGCAGCUACCUUGAAUCUCUUCUUGGGCUGCCGUCCCUUCAAUCGAAACUGGCAAAUCAACCCAAACCCUGGAAAUGUUUGUCAACCGGCCAUCUCGACUAGGGUUGUCUGGGUCUACGGCACCUUGAACAUAAUUACAGACCUUUACCUUCUAUCCAUUCCUAUCCCUAUGCUCUGGAAAUCGUCUCUCAGGCCCCUGAAAAAAUUUGGAUUGAUUAUCCUCUUCAGUGGAGGAGUCUUGGUUAUUAUUUUUGCCAUCUUACGGGCCACAUUCAUCAUCACGGAUCCCGUCAAUGGUGCUCAGGUAGCCGGAUCUUGGGCCGUCCGAGAAACGUUCGUAUCCGUUAUCACGACCAACCUCCCGAUGGUCUUCCCACUUUUUAAGUCUCGGCUAACCUCCAUAUCCGACUCCAUCGUCCGAUACAUAGGCUAUUCAAGAGCAAAAAGCUCUAAUGGGGCAUUUAGAAGCUAUAUCAGAACGUGGGGCGGUGGGAACAAGCAAAGUUGGCGCGGCCGUGGUCCUCGCACUCCAAACCCAAUUACGGGGCUCACUUACACCGAAAGCGAAGAGCAGAUAAUGAAAAGUCAGAAUGUUAAGGAGAAUUUACCAGUUCAACUGCAGGACCUCGAGACAACCGCAACUGUCGCGCAUGCUGAGAAUAUUGACAAUAACAAUAACAUCAGACAAGAUCGGGAGGUUGUAGUGACUUCUGUACCCGAUGACCGAGUUCCCCAGUCACAGCACACAGGCAAUCUCUCUUUUGCGAACUCUGCACCUAGAACAAGUCAUAUCACCUACAUCAUGGCAGGGGGGCAGAGAGAUGGCGCGAGUUGAAUACUAAAGAUGACGUCGAUACACCCGGGGGUUUGUGUUUCGGCGCGCCGUUUCUUCAGACGAAGGCAUGUGGGUGGCGAUCUGUUGCGCCAUUUCUAGAGCACAUCUAUACAUCCCGCGUACAGGGGGCCUCUAUUAAUAACUCGCGAUGGCCCGGGCAAUGGCUUCUAGCUCUCCAAUUUCAGGAGCAGAAGAGCUUAGGUAUAUUUAAAAGAGCAUAGGACAGUCUUUUACCGGCUUCUCACAGCCUUAAAACGCUCGCUGAUGCAUCUCUUCGGCUUCCUUUAGCUUGCCUUACUUACUAUGUAAAAGGUUUAGGUUGUUAACCAUAAGGAGGGUUGAUAUAUAGUUAGGUUCGAGGGCUGUUUUAUAUUGUACGGUUGUUGCGUUAAACAACUCCGUAUCACGUCUCACUAUCUCGGCCAUCAAUCACAUGACGAUUUCGUGCACCGCGUCACUACAGCACAGCAAUGCUGUCUUACAGUGAUCUCGUUAGACCAAGUGUCUGUCACGACGCACGGCACAAGCACCGAACUAUGUAUCAGCUCAACUUGUAAGACAAGAGAAACUGGAUACUGCACCAUCGAAGGAUUGAGUAGACUUAGU